CAACAGUUCAGACAUGGUCGGUUAGGAUUCCCUCGAAAGUUACAUUAAUGUGCUUAAAUUUCCAAUUUUAUAUUCCUCUAAACCUAAUCUUACUUGUACAUACUUGUAACUGUUACUUAAUUGAUAGAAAGGCAACAAGUUGGCGACUAUGGUCCUCAGAAUUCUGGGACUUGCAGUUCUUCCACGCAGCGGCUCUGCUAAGCUAGACUUGCUUGCCAUGUGCAUCCUGUAGUUAGAGGGGAUACUAACUUUUCAACCUCAAGACAGCUGCGUGUGGUGUUGUCCGUCAUCAUGUCAUUUUGUUUCAACUUCGAUGUUCCAGCACAAACAACAAACCCGGAAGGCGUUGAUGGAAGUGAAUUGCAAAACAGAAAGAAAGACAAUGCUGCUAAGUCUACUGAGGGUAACACCAAACCAGCUGAGCCAGUAAAAGAGGCCAAAGAGCACCCUCCACUAUCUGACCCAGAGUUCGCCCUCAUGGAUGCUGUCGCUGAAACGGUUACCAUAGGAACUCUUCCUCCUCUUCACUUUCUCAACGAGACAGUUUUCGAAAGGACGGCCUCGGAGAGAGAGGACAGGGAGGAAAUUCUUUCUCGCACUGCGGAGCAGAGGUCUGAUCUCAUCUCUGGGGUGUACGAAGGAGGGCUGAAGGUGUGGGAGUGUACUUACGACCUUCUGGAGCUGAUUGAGAAAGAUGGAGAGACCUUUGGGGGGAAGGCGGUUUUGGAUUUGGGCUGUGGUGCGGGGCUGUUGGGGAUAUUGGCUCUGAAGAGAGGAGCCAGGCAGGUCCACUUCCAAGAUUAUAACAGUACAGUUAUCGAACAACUCACAGUGCCAAAUGUAAUAUUAAACUGCCAAGAGGAUGAUGAAGGAGACAGUGAAGAUGACAAAGAAGGGAGGAGCAAGGGAAAAAUACAGGAAGAGGAUGGUCGUAAAAUGAAGGCCAAAGGGACACAAGAGGUAAAAGAUGGCAACCCACCACCUAAGAAAAGAGCCAUAGACCUAUCCCAGCAGCCAUUGCUAGCCAAGUGUCGUUUUUUCUCUGGUGACUGGAGCACAUUUCUUGCUUUGGUUAAAAAGGAGGACCCACAGCCCAAGUAUGACAUUAUAUUCACCUCAGAGACCAUCUACAACACUGCAUACUACCCCGCGCUACACGAGACCCUCCACAUGCUGCUGGCACCAAGAGGGCUGGUCUACCUCGCCACCAAAUCCCACUACUUUGGUGUAGGUGGUGGGCUGCACCUGUUUGAGGCGUUUGUUGAGCAGAGGGGUAUAUUCUCUUUGGAUCACCUGUGGGACGGUGAAGAAGGACUUCAGAGACAUGUAGUAGUCCUGCGUUUUAAAACGGCAAAGGACACUUGAAUAAGUGAAGCGGCCCUGGAUUUGAAAACACUGGGAUUCAUGUAAUAACUGCCAGAGACUCUUUUGCUCUGUUAAAAAAGAACAGUGUUUGUGAUGCAAGUAAGUACAUCAGGGUUUCCUUUCAGUCUUCCAUAUGAAGAUUGUAAGUUAUAUGGUGGUAAAAAUAAGGAAGAGCUGUAAUAAAAGAUG